AUGACUGAAAUUCCACCAGUGGAUGAAUUGCCUUCCCGUUGGGAAAUUGAGUUGGAAUUUGUUCAAUCAUUGGCAAAUACCCAAUACUUGAUGUAUCUUGCACAACAGGGCUGUUUCAAGGAUGAGACGUUUCUGAACUAUUUGAAUUAUUUGAACUAUUGGAAAGAUCCACAGUACUCAAAGUUCUUGGUGUACCCAGACUGCCUUCAUAUCCUCACACUCUUGCAAAAUGAGAAUUUCCGAAAACAGUUGCUCAAUCAAAACUUCACAAGCAUCUUGUACAAUGAUAUGGUGGACUAUUGGAGAGAGCCGUUGAUUAAGGACGAAAAGGAGAAAGAUAAGGGGAUACUUAAUGGUGUGUCAGCCUCCCCGGAAAAGGUAAAGGGGGAAACGGUGGAAGCAGGUGCUUCCUUGUCUCCAGAAAAAGAUAAACAGGAAAUCAAAUAG